AGAAUGCGGGAGGCCUCGAAGCCGGAGGAGCAGGAGCCGGGCUGCGAGGCGCCGUGCGCGGCGUCCUGCAACGCGCAGCGCGUCCUGCAGACCCUCAACGCUUACCGGCCGAGCGGCACCCUCACCGACGUGGUGCUGCGCGCCGGCGGCCGCGACUUCCCGUGCCACCGCGCCGCACUGAGCGCAGGCAGCGCCUACUUCCGCAGCCUGUUCACAGCGGGCUGGCCGGAGCGCGGGCUGGCCGGGCCGUCAGUGGUGACAGUGGCGCCCGAGAGGCCCGGCGCUGACCCAGCCGGGGCUGCGGCGGCGGCGGCGCUCUCAGUGGUGCUCGACUACGUCUACGGCGCGGGCGUGCGCCUGCGCGCCGAGGAAGAGGCGGCUGCGGUGCUGGCGCUAGCCGAGCGGCUGGGCGUGGCGGGCCUGCGGGGGGUCUGCGCGCGCUUCCUCGAGGGCCGCCUGCGCGCCGCCAACAGCUUGGCCCUGCGGCGCGUGGCCGCCGCCUUCUCGCUUGCCUCGCUGGCCGAGAGCUGUGGCCGAGUGCUGCGCCAGGCCUUUGCCGAGGUAGCGCACCACACGGACUUCCUGGAGCUGCCCCCGGAGGAGGUGGUGGCGCUGCUAGCUGACCCCGCACUGGGCGUGGCGCGCGAGGAGGCCGUGUUCGAGGCUGCCAUGCGCUGGGUGCGCCACGACGCGCCGGCCCGCCGCGGGCAGCUGAGGCGCCUGCUAGAGCACGUGCGCCUGCCUCUGCUGGCACCGGCAUACUUCCUGGAGAAGGUGGAGGCCGACGAGCUGCUGCAGGGUUGCGGCGAGUGCCGUCCCCUGCUGCUCGAGGCCCGGGCCUGCUUCAUCCUGGGCCGAGAGGCCUGCGCACUGCGGGCCCGGCCGCGGAGAUUCAUGGAUCUUGCUGAAGUGAUUGUGGUCAUCGGUGGUUGUGACCGCAAAGGUCUCUUGAAGCUGCCUUUUGCUGAUGCUUACCACCCAGAGAGCCAGCGCUGGACCCCUCUGCCCAGCCUGCCUGGUUACACACGCUUGGAGUUCGCUGCCUGCGCUCUUCGCAAUGACGUCUACGUUUCUGGAGGCCACAUCAACAGCCGGGAUGUGUGGAUGUUUAGCUCCCAUCUGCACACCUGGAUCAAGGUAGCCUCGCUGCACAAGGGCAGGUGGAGACACAAGAUGGCGGCAGUGCAGGGGCAGCUGUUCGCAGUGGGCGGCUUCGAUGGCCUGAGGCGGCUGAGCAGCGUGGAGCGCUACGACCCCUUCUCCAACACCUGGGUGGCCACUGCGCCCCUGCUGGAGGCCGUGAGCUCUGCGGCGGUGGCGCCCUGCGUGGGCCAGCUCUUCGUGAUUGGGGGCGCAAGGCAGGAUGGUGUCAACACCAACAAGGUGCAGUGCUUUGACCCCAAGGAAGACCAGUGGAGCCUGCGUUCGCCAGCACCCUUCUCACAGCGGUGUCUUGAGGCUGUUUCCCUUGAGGACACCAUUUAUGUGGUGGGGGGCCUCAUGAACAAAAUCUUCACCUAUGACCCUGGCACAGAUGUCUGGGGGGAAGCAGCUGUCCUCCCCAGCCCUGUGGAGAGCUGCGGAGUGACUGUGUGUGACGGGAAGGUCCACAUCCUUGGUGGGCGGGAUGAUCAUGGGGAAAGCACCAAUAGAGUCUUCACCUUUGACCCCACCAGUGGGCAGGUGGAAGCCCAGCCAUCCCUGCAGCGCUGCACCAGUUCCCAUGGCUGUGUCACCAUUGUCCAGAGCCUAGGCAGGUGACUAAGACAGGGACGUCCAGAGCCAGGAGGUGGGGAGAACUGAAGCACACCAUUCUGCUCCCUUCUUCCUGCAAACAGCCCCAUAACUUAUUGACCCCUUUCCUGUAGAAACAAAACCUUGCUCAAACUUUGGGUCUGUGUCCCAGUUCAGCCCCACUUUGCCUGGAGAAGCAAUCCUCAGUAUCUGCUCCCAGCUUUUAAUGUUCACAGAAUGCUUUCCUACCAUCAUAGUCUGUGUGGGCUGCUGUAAUAAAAUACCUUAGACUGAGUAGUUUUUGAACAGAAAUUUAUUUUUUACAAUUUUAGAGGCUUGCCAGUCCCAGAUCACUGCCUAAGGGCUACGCUUUGUAAGCAGUACUUUUUGCUGUGUACCCACCUGGCAGAAGGGGGCAAGGCAGCUCCCAUCAGCCUUUUUUAAGAGUAUGCAUCUAAGAGGGCUCUGCCCACAUUUCUGAAAUAACCUAAUCACAUCCUCCCAAAGGCCUCACCUCUUAAUACUACCACAUCAUGUGUUAGGUAACAACAUACAAAUUUUGGAGGGACACCAACAUUCAGCCAUAGCAUGCCCAUUACCUCAUUUACUUUAAAAGAGCAAUAUGGACAUUUUUUUUUUUUUUUUUAAAACAAGUAUUUCAUGCUGGGUGGAGUGUGACAGAGCCAUAAGCCUCUAAGAACCUAGCCACCCUGGCUGUGUACCUAGACCUGCCAGAUCCCCAACAUCAAUGUGAGAAAUAAGCCAGAGAUGCCAUUAUAAACA